CUUUAUAAGUUUAUCCAUCUCUUUUUCCAUUUCACAUAAACUUCUUUUGCUAAUUCUCAGCCAUGGUUUUCAAUAAAGAGAUUGCUCGUUUUGCUGUUGGUGUUAUUGGGAACAUUAUUUCACUCAUCUUAUUUCUGUCACCUUUGCCAACAUUUGUUCGAAUAUGGAAGAAGAAAUCUGUGGAGCAGUUUUCACCAGUUCCAUACCUUGCCACAUUUGUAAACUGUGGUCUUUGGGUACUCUAUGGAAUACCACUUGUACAUCCACACAGCAUCCUAGUUGUGACCAUAAAUGGGACAGGACUUGCUAUUGAAGUUGUGUACUUGAUGCUAUUUUUGUUGUACUCUGAAAGGCCAAAAAGGAUGAAAAUAUUCCUUAUUAUUGUUGGUGAGAUUAUUUUCUUGGCUUCACUUGCCAUACUUGUUCUAACCCUUGUCCAAACGCACAAAAAAAGAUCUAUUAUCGUGGGUAGCAUUUGCAUGGCGGGCAACAUUUUCAUGUAUGCUUCUCCUCUGGCUAUCAUGAAAUUGGUGAUGACAAGCAAAAGCGUGGAGUUCAUGCCCUUCUUGCUUUCCCUAUUCUCUUUUCUGAAUGGUGUUAGUUGGACUACUUAUGCCCUCAUUCGACUGGAUGCCUUCAUUCUUGUAUUUGUGGUUACAAAGGACAUUCAAUGGAGGAUUGUUACAGAAUAAUAGGUUAUCCACCAAAUUUCAAAAGUAAGGAGGGCUCAAGCCUUCUGCUAGUUAUUCCACAACCACAAAUGCUGAGUCCACUUCUGAAGAACAACAUACAUGUGGAUAUUACUUUACAAAAAGGCAAUACAGAAAGUCAAUACCAACAGUUGCUGAACAAGCUUGAUAAGACUACUAUCAAUUAUUGCACCUCAAUCACGGCAGGUAUGGCUGCUCUUUUGUCCAAUUCACAUGACUGGAAAGUAGACUCAGGAGCCUCACACCAUAUCAUAUCUUGUAAAGAGCUUUAACAACAACUAAAAGCCUAGGAUAUUAUCAAAGUAGGAAAGUGCAGUUACUUACUGGUGGUAGAUGUCAUAUUGUAAACACAGAAAAUGCCAGAUAUUCGCAGAUCAGAGAAUUCAAGAUUUCUACAAGUUUCUGAAUUCAAAUUCAGCUUGCUCUCAGUGUCUAAGAUAACCAGGGAGUUGAAGUUUUCAGGGACUCUUUACUAGCAAGAUGAUGGGAAUUGGUAGAAGAAAGGAUGGACUCUAUAUCAUAAGAGAAGAAGUGAAGCCUGCAGUGAGAGCAACAGUUUAAAAACAGAUGACAGUGGAGUACUUGGCAUUUGAGAUUGUGACAUCUUUCUAUUGGAGCAAUGAAAUACAUACCAUCAAUAUGCCAUCCAGUUUAUUCCAGUAUCUUGAAUAACAAUGAGAAUUGUCCUUUGCGAAAUAACAUAGAUUAAAUUUUUUUACCAGCAAGGGUCGUUUGGUGGCUGGUUAAAGUUAUGGAGGUAUUAGUAAUAUAUGAAUUAGUUUUGAGAAAAUUUAUGUA